AUUUCCGCGACGCGCUCUCAGUGCUCCUGCAGACCCCGACUCAGAAGCUCUAUAUUCAACACGCAUCCGUAGAAUGCCAACAAAUCAUAUCGAUUCAUGCUGCGUUCCAGACGAAGGUGCUGAUCACGAUCCUGACAACGACGAAAACCAUGAAGAUCGAGAUGGGGAACAAACACCAGUAGAGGACGCCGAUCGAGAAGUGGUGGCAAAGAGGGAGCGUAGUCGGAUAGACGAGAUUCAAGCUGACUUGCCCCCGGAAGAAAGGAGGUGGAAGGAUGAUAUUGUCACAUGGGACUCGAAAGAUGAUCCUGAAAAUCCACAGAACUGGUCGUAUAGCUACAAGGUUAUCGUCACCGUGCUCUUCGGAAUGAUCACAAUGUGCUCCACAUUUGCCAGCAGUAUUUUCAGCUCUGCCUCGAACGAUGUCAGCGAACAAUACGGUGUGAGCACUGAGGUCACCAUCCUUGGCCUUAGUCUUUUUGUCCUCGGCUAUGUACCAGGCCCUAUCUUCUUCGCUCCUUUAUCUGAGAUCUAUGGGCGACGACCAGCAGUCUUGAUCCCGAUGUUUGUCUUCAUCUGCUUUUCCGCUGCCACAGCAACUGCCAAAGAUAUUCAAACAAUUUUCAUCACUCGUUUCUUUGGAGGUGUAAUGGCCAGCUCUCCGGUAGUAAACGUGGGAGGAGGACUCGCUGAUAUGUUCAAUCAGAAGGAACGGGGUGUAGCAGUCGUCUGGUACUCUUUGGCCGUUAUUGCAGGUCCCACGUUAGGCCCGAUUAUAGGUAGUGCCGUGGCUGAACAACCCAAAUUUGGUUGGAGGUGGACUGAGUAUCUUGUGGUCAUUCUGACGAGUACUGUGAUUUCCUUCAACAUAAUGUUUCUACCGGAAACCUUUGCACCAGCUUUGCUAUCCGCCAAGGCAAGGCGCCUUCGUCUGAAGACUGGUAGAUGGGAGCUGCACAGUCGGCAAGAGAUGCAGGAUUUCGCGAUUGAGACCUUCGUCGAGAAGAACUUGACGAGGCCGUUGAGAAUGAUCGUUUUGGAACCUAUGGUCGGAGUUUUGACACUUUAUAACAGCUUCGCUUACGGAAUUUUGUACCUGCUCUUCGGUGCUGUCCCCAUCGUAUAUGAAGAAAAGCGUGGCUGGAAUCCGCUCGUAGGAAGCCUGCCGUUCUUGGCCGUUCUGGUAGGGACUCUUACAGCUGCAAUGGUCAACAUUUAUUAUUCGUCGCAUGUAUUUGCACCCUACCUCGAGAAACAUGGCGGUCGAGCACCACCAGAGCGAAGGUUACCACCUAUGAUGCUCGGCGCCAUCACCUUCCCCGUAGGGUUCUUCCUCCUCGGAUGGACAAGUGAUCCCAGCAUCAAUUGGUUUCCCAGUGUGCUCGGACUUGCUUUCAUCGGCAUGAGUUUUCUGCUUAUUUUCCAGGCGGGAAUAAACUAUCUUCUUGAUGCUUACACGAAAUAUGCCGCAUCGGCAGUUGCAGCCAACACAUUCAUGCGUAGCAUCUUCGCCGCCGCCCUCCCGCUUGUGGCCCAGCCGUUGUUCCAUAAUUUAGGCAUCAAUUGGGCAUGUACGCUGCUUGGUUGCAUAUCGGUGCUACUUGCAGUCGUGCCAUUUCUCUUCUACAUAUAUGGCCCGAAGUUGCGUGCGAUGUCGAAGAUGGCUGCCGAUGAUAUUUGAAUAGGGUUUCUCGAACGGGGUCUUGAACUAACGGGUGUAUCAUGAAUAACAGUGCAUGGACCGUACAUAUGUUGUCUUCUACACAAGGAUUAAUUUAACAUGCCCUCAGUCCU